CGGGCGAUCUACAAGCGUACGUUCCAGGAAGAGAGUGAGAACACAAAAGUUUUGCUCAAUGGUGGCGGAGUUGUAUGUCGCGAAUACCGAGAUUGUGAAAGGGGUUGAUUUCAACAGAUCUGUUUCUUUGCGUGUGUUGCACUAGAAGCAACAGUUCAGAGAUCAUGACACGCAUGGCUACGAACUGGAUCAAGCAGUCGAUGUUUCGGGUGGACAGAUCGGUGGACGGAUCUAGUUGAGAAUUUAUAACGUGCACCACCCAUUUCAGAAUAAGCCAUGUCAUGCCGUGUAAUAAAAUGACAGCGUCACAUGGAAAGUUGGAAAUACAAACAAAAGAUCGACAGCCACCAAAAAGAGUCUUUCCCCUUUGUGUUCAUAAUCCACCUGCCCGCAAAAAAUAUCAUAUACUAACGCGCACAAGAUGGCCGGACUAGCAGAGAUCAGGAAAAAGCUGGUUAUCGUCGGUGACGGUGCCUGCGGUAAAACGUGUUUGUUGAUCGUUUUUUCUAAAGGUGCUUUCCCAGAAGUUUACGUCCCAACGGUGUUUGAGAACUACGUUGCCGAUGUCGAAGUUGAUGGCAGAAGAGUUGAGCUGGCUCUUUGGGAUACCGCCGGCCAAGAAGACUACGAUCGUCUCAGACCACUCUCGUACCCAGAUUCCAACGUCAUUUUGAUAUGUUUUUCGGUGGACUCUCCAGACACUUUGGAUAACGUUCAGGAGAAGUGGAUUAGCGAAGUUUUGCACUUCUGCCAAGAUGUUCCAAUGAUUCUUGUUGGAUGCAAAAUCGAUUUGAGAAAUGAUCCAAGAACAAUCGAGAGAUUGGCACAGUUGAACCAGGCGCCUGUCUCUACCAGUGAGGGACAAGCCGUUGCUGAGAAGAUUAAGGCCCUGACAUACCUUGAGUGCUCCGCCAAGCUGAAUCAAGGUGUGAGAGAAGUUUUUGAAACCGCCACCAGAGCCGCUCUGGAGACAAAGGAGAAGAGAGAGAGAAAGAAGAAGUGUGUCAUUUUGUGAUUACACUACAUGGCCUUUGCGUGUUCUUGCGAAGCUACAUGGUUCUCUGCUUUAUAUGUUUUGAUCCAUAUUUUUUAUAAGUUAAUUGGGUCUACGAG